GCCAUAGGAAUUGAUCAAUAGACAAAGUUCUCAGAUUGCUCUUUUUCCAUUCUCUAUAACACAUCAAAUAACCUAACCUCCUUCUCCAAGUCCCUUCAUUAAUAGAAAAUAUGACAGCCGACAACCCCUCCAAACCAAACCACCUCGACCCCUCUGAAUUGGGAACCAAGGAAUACUGGGACUCCCUCUACACCACCGAACUCACCAACCACACCUCUAACCCCUCGGACCGCGGCACCGUCUGGUUCGACGACUCCGAUGCCGAGGCCAAGCUCCUCGAAUACCUCGAGGACCAGACGACCACCACCACAACCUCCUCCUCCUCCUCCUCCUCCUCACAACAACAACACCCCUUAUUAGACAGAAACACGACCUCCUUUCUCGACCUAGGCUGCGGCAACGGCAGCCUCCUCCUCGCCCUGCGCGACGACGGCUGGGCCGGCCGCGCGCUCGGGGUAGACUACUCGGACAAGAGCGUAGCGCUCGCGCGGCAGGUGGCGCAGGCACAUAGGAGGGACGAAGAAGAGGAAGAGAAAGUAAGAGAAGAACUCGACGACGAUGAGGAGGGCGAGUGCCGCGGCGACGGCAGCAGCAGUAGUAGUAGUAGGGUAAGGAACGAGGAGGUGGAGUUUGCGGCCUGGGACGUCCUGCAGGGCUCGUACGAUGCAGUGCUGUCCGGCGCACAGGCGCAAGGGUGGGACGUCGUGCUGGACAAGGGCACGUUCGACGCCAUCAGCCUGAGCGAGGAGCAGGGCGCCGACGGGCGGAGGAGCUGUGAGGGGUACAAGGGGCGGGUGGUCAGGCUGGUGAGGCCGGGCGGGCUGUUCCUCGUGACGAGCUGUAACUGGACCGAGGAGGAGCUGGAGAGGUGGUUUGGCGAGGGGAGCAGCGAAGUCGAGGGCGGGAGGUUUGUGAGGGUGGGCAAGGUCGAGUACCCCAGCUUCAGUUUCGGAGGGGUCAAGGGGCAGACGAUUAGCACGCUGUGUUUUCAGAGGGUUUGAUGGAAUAUCAAGAAGUUGUUGGUUUGGCCAGAGCAAAGAAAGAAGAAGACAAACAAAGCAUGAGACAAUCG